CAGUCCCUCCUGGCCCACGGUGUGCAGCUGGCCAGACCAAGUGGUGGCGGAAACCGGAAAGGCAAGAGUAAGAAAUGGCGCCAGAUGCUGCAGUUCCCCCACAUCAGCCUCUGCGAGGAUCUUCGACAAACCCUUGAGCGGGACUACCACAGCCUGUGCGAGAAGCAGCCCAUCGGGCACAUGCUCUUUCGGCAGUUCUGUGAGACACGACCUGAGCUGUCACGCUGCGUCAAGUUCCUGGAUGCCGUGGCAGGGUAUGAAGUGGCUCCAGAUGAGAAGCGGAAGGAAUGCGGGCAGCACCUGAUUGAAAAGUACUUGAAGCCAAACAGUGAGGACCAUGUGCCUGAAGUCCCCUCGCAGCUAGUGGAUGCCUGUUGUGAGAGGCUGGAACAGGAACCUUCCAAGGAGCUCUUCAAGGAAUCCACUAAGCUUAUCCACGACUACCUGAGUGUCGCUCCCUUUGCCGACUACCUCGACAGCUUGUACUUCAACCGCUUCCUGCAGUGGAAAUGGCUGGAACGGCAGCCAGUGACCAAAAACACUUUCCGCCAGUACCGUGUGCUGGGCAAAGGCGGUUUUGGGGAGGUUUGUGCCUGCCAAGUGCGUGCCACAGGCAAGAUGUACGCCUGCAAGAAGCUGGAGAAGAAACGGAUCAAAAAGCGGAAGGGAGAAGCCAUGGCCCUGAAUGAGAAACAGAUCCUGGAAAAAGUGAACAGUAGGUUUGUAGUGAGCUUAGCCUAUGCAUAUGAAACUAAAGAUGCUCUCUGCCUAGUGCUGACCCUCAUGAAUGGAGGGGACCUCAAGUUCCAUAUCUACCACAUGGGAGAGGCUGGCUUCGAGGAGCCCCGGGCAGCUUUCUAUGCUGCCGAGAUCUGCUGCGGCCUCGAGGACUUGCACCAGGAGAGGAUAGUGUACAGGGACCUGAAGCCAGAGAACAUAUUGCUGGAUGACCAUGGUCACAUCCGUAUCUCAGACCUGGGGCUAGCUGUGCACGUGCCAGAGGGCCAAACAAUCAAGGGCCGGGUGGGGACAGUUGGCUACAUGGCUCCAGAGGUGGUGAAGAAUGAGCGCUACACGUUCAGCCCGGACUGGUGGGCUCUGGGCUGCCUGGUGUAUGAGAUGAUCGAGGGACAGUCCCCCUUCCAGCAGCGCAAGAAGAAGAUCAAGCGGGAGGAGGUGGAGCGGUUGGUGAAAGAAGUGCAGGAGGAGUACUCGGAGAAGUUCUCACCCUGCGCCCGCUCUCUCUGCACCAUGCUCCUCUGCAAAGACCCUCUGGAGCGCCUGGGGUGCCGAGGAGCCGGGGCCAAGGAAGUGAAGGAGCACCCUCUCUUCAAGCAUCUCAACUUCAGGAGGCUGGAAGCAGGCAUGCUGGACCCCCCCUUCAAGCCAGAUCCGCAGGCCAUCUACUGCAAGGAUGUUCUGGACAUCGAGCAGUUCUCCACAGUGAAAGGGGUGGAGCUGGAGCCCACGGACAAUGACUUCUACCAGAAGUUUGCUACAGGAAGCGUGCCCAUUCCUUGGCAGAAUGAGAUGAUCGAGACGGAGUGUUUUAAGGAACUGAAUGUCUUUAGCACAGACGGCACGGUGCCCCCAGACCUAGACUGGAAAGGGCAGCCUUCUCCACAGCCAAAAAAAGGGUUACUCCAGCGCUUAUUCAGCAGACAGGACUGUUGUGGAAACUGCAGCGACAGCGAGGAAGAGCCCACCCGGCUGUAG